AUGGCGAACGAAAAGACACCCGAGCUCCUCGAUCUUACAAUCGACAACAUCACCCCCAACACGAUCCGCAUCAACUCGCAAAGCGAAGAUGCGCGCCUUAAGUAUCUUAUGGAGCGGCUUGUGACGCACCUGCACGACUUUGCGCGGGAGACCCGGUUGAGCACUGACGAGUGGAUGAAGGCUCUCAACUUCCUUGUUGGAUGCGGACAGAUUAGUACCGACGUCCGUCAUGAAUUCAUUCUUCUCUCUGAUAUCCUCGGCCUAUCCCUGCUAGUUGACAGUAUCAACCAUCCCAAGCCUUCCGAUUCAACCGAGGGUUCUGUCUUGGGCCCAUUUCACACGCACGACGCGCCAACACUGAAGAAUGGGGAAAACAUGUCGGGAGACCCCGAAGGUGAGCCAUUGUUGGUCAUCUGUAGUGUCAAGGACCGCAAGGGUAACCCGGUAUCUGGGGUCAAAAUUGAUAUCUGGGAGACGGACAGCAGCGGCCACUAUGAUGUGCAACACGAAGGAAGAACGGAGGCGAGCGAGCGGUGUGUCAUGGUUUCCGAUGAUGAUGGCCAAUUUUGGUUCCAAGGCAUCAAGCCUGUGAGCUAUCCUAUCCCACACGACGGGCCUGUAGGGAAGCUGCUACAGUUGCUGGGACGACAUUGCUGGAGGCCUGCACAUUUGCACUUCAUGUUUGAGAAGAAGGGAUGGGAUCACCUCAUCACCGCGUUGUACAUCCGAGGAGACCCGUACGAGAAGUCGGAUGCCGUGUUCGGCGUCAAGAAGAGCCUCGUGGUGGACCUCGACAAGGUUGACAAGGCAACGGCUGAGAAGUACGGGGUUAAAGAGGGCAGCUGGCUGCUGAAACAAGAGUUUGUUCUAGUAACGGAGAAGGAAACGGAAGAGCUCCGGGACCGGAAUGCCGUCGAGGCGCUGGGAAAGCUGGGAUUGACGCAUCUCAAGCUUGUGGACCACCUUCCCGUGCCGGAGCUGGAUUGA